AUGUCUUACGCGGCAGCAUUGUCGCUGACAGAAUGGGUCCCUAGCGACGCAUUCUUCCUCAAUCUCUCCUUCAUCAUCCUGCCGGGCUACGUCAUUUUCCGCGUCUUUGGCGCAAUGCGCAUGCCCGGCGCAGUCGGCGUCCUGCUGGCCGGCUGCCUUGCCCGUCAGUUUGCGGGUGAGACGAUGAAGACGGCUCUGCCGUCGCUGCAGACGCUGGCCUUUGUGCUCGUGCUCUGUCGUGCCGGGUGCGAGAUCCAUGUCGACGACCUCACCCUCACGGUCUUGCUGCUCGCGACGGUGCCAAUACUCACCGAGACGUGCUGCAUCGGCCUCGUCCUGUCCUGGUCGCUCGAGGUAACCUUCCAGCAGGGGUUGCUCGCUGGCUCGAUGCUCUCCGCGCUGGGCGACGGCCUCGUCAUCCCAAUCAUGCAGCAGCUCCGCGCGAGCGACUUGGGGCCGCUGCCUCGGAUAAUGGCCUGUGUCGCUCCUCUCGAGGCCACGUUUGCGCUCUUCAUGUACGCAUUCCUCGCCUCCUCCGGUGCGCAGUCGCCUGCACCGCUGUGGGCGCGGCUGGCCUUCGGCGUCGUCCUCAAGCUGGCCGCCUCCAUCGGCCUGGGCUUAGUUGUCGGGUUUGGGAUCAGUGCAUUUUGCAACAACGCAGAAUGGUUCCACAUAGCCGACCGGCGGGUCUUCUCGUCCACCGAGGUGGAGGAGUUCCUCGUGCUACUCGGCGCGUCCCUCUUCGUCUUUGGCCUCGCUGGGGAAGACGCCGCGGGUGAGCCAAUCGUGUCAAACGGCAUGCCACUUGUUGUGCCCACGCCGCCGGGCCACAAGCCCGAAGGGCUCAUGCUUCCAGAGCUCGCGCUCAUCUGCACCACCUUCUUCUGUGCCUACUUCUCGCCGCGCGUAGCCCACUACGCCGAGACGCUCUUCGAGGGCCUGUGGGUCUUUGGUGCCCUGUUUCUCUUUGCGGCCAUCGGCGCCGGCAUCACAGACGUGCCCCGAAAAAUCGAGCUGCUCCCCAAGCUUCUCCCUGCGCUGGCGUGCGGCCUCGCUGGCCGCUUCGUCGCCUGCCUCGUCGUUUGCGGCGCAACGGCCCGUAAGCGCUUGGUGCGAGGCCCGCUGAGCGUGAGGCACGUGGUCAUCGAGGCGACCUUCUGCGUGGCCGCGUCGCUGCCGCGUGCAACCAUCCAGGGUGUGCUAGCCGCGCGGCCUGCGGCCGAGGGCCUGUAUCCCGGCGUGAUGGUGGGGAGCUACGAGUUCGCGGGGAAGGACGGGCUACUGCAGACACUCGCGCAGGCAACCCUCGCUCUUAUGGCGCCAUGCGGCCAGUUGCUGCUCACGAUGGUGGCCAAGCCCCUACUCACGCAGCUCUCCUAUGCGCCUUCGGUGCUCGAGCAGGAGCGAAAGGUGGAGACGUCGCUCGACCUCGACAUUGCCCCUCCGCCUGCCACGCUAACAUUUCACCGACGCAGCACGGGCGGGGACAGCGACCAACCCUUCUCGCUGUACAGCCCCCGCCGCCGGAUUAAUGUUUUCCGCUGGCCGACGGUGGAUGAGCUGAAGAGGGUCGCGCGUGGCAAACAGGACUUCCGCGCGGGGCGGUGGAAUGCAGAGCGGUGGCCGGUCGAGUGCGAGACAAACACGCCGCAGACGCCGUCGCAAGGGGGCACUUCCUCGGGCGGCGACUACAAGCCACCGACUCCACGAAGGUGA